CAUGUGUUCGUUUGUCUGCUUGGACUGUUGUGUCACUCUGACUGCUCCUUCGAGGAGUUAGUGCUGAAAGACCUGAACAACCCUCCAACAGGGUGUGUGGAUAAGGAUGGAAAGCAGCAUGAUUUUGGCACUGAAUGGACCAAAGACUGCAUUGAGUGCUCUUGUAUGGGCCAGGGCAUGAGCUGCUGUAGCAAGAUCCCUGACGCAGACACAAUUGUUAUUCCUGCAGAAUGUGAGCUGGUGGUAAAUAAGGAGGCUUGCACUGCCAAGAUUAUGAUGAAGUCAGACCCGACAAAGGAAUGUAACCUCGUCUAAACGCACCAACAAGUU